AUGGCGCAGCCCAUCCUGGGCCACGGGAGCCUGCGACCCGCCUCGGCCGCUGGCCUGGCCGCCCUGGAGCUCGACUCGUCGCUGGACCAGUACGUGCAGAUUCGCAUCUUCAAAAUCAUCGUGAUUGGGGACUCCAACGUGGGCAAGACCUGCCUGACCUUCCGCUUCUGCGGGGGCACCUUCCCGGACAAGACUGAAGCCACAAUCGGCGUGGACUUCAGGGAGAAGACAGUGGAAAUAGAGGGCGAGAAGAUCAAGGUUCAGGUGUGGGACACGGCGGGUCAGGAACGCUUCCGCAAGAGCAUGGUAGAACAUUACUACCGCAAUGUGCAUGCAGUGGUCUUUGUUUAUGAUGUCACCAAGAUGACAUCCUUCACCAACCUCAAAAUGUGGAUCCAAGAAUGUAAUGGGCAUGCUGUGCCCCCACUAGUCCCGAAAGUUCUUGUGGGCAACAAGUGUGACUUGAGGGAACAGAUCCAGGUACCAUCCAACCUAGCCCUGAAAUUUGCUGAUGCCCACAACAUGCUCUUGUUUGAGACAUCAGCCAAGGACCCCAAUGAGAGCCAGAACGUGGAGUCAAUUUUCAUGUGCCUGGCUUGCCGAUUGAAGGCCCAGAAAUCCCUGCUGUAUCGUGAUGCUGAGAGGCAGCAGGGGAAGGUGCAGAAACUGGAGUUCCCACAGGAAGCCAACAGUAAAACUUCCUGUCCCUGUUGAAACCAAAUGGUGUAAAUACAAGCUAAGUUAUCACUGGAGUUUUUUCUUUCCCUUUUUUCCGUGCCUGCAAUAAAGCUGACACCUGCUUGUUUCCAUACAAGUUGAUAUUAAAAUAAAAUUUGUAUAGAUUAUCACAUGCUUCAUGUCUUGCUUUCCUCCACGAAGACAUU